AUGUCGGCCGCCGCUUCAUCAUUCGUGGCAGCCAAAUCGCAGUCCUAUAAUCCCUAUCCCUCUUUUUACGCCUCUUCUUUCUCCGAUGACCUUAUUAAUCCUCAUGUCCCGCAUCCGCUCUCCUUGGAUUCGCCUUUCAACCUGCCCGGUGACGACUUCACGGGUCUCGAAUCCUUCGACUCUUGGGCCCCGGUAACUGACGGUCCAUAUCAGCCACUGCCUGCUAUAUCAACUCCGUUCUACCCAUCACCCUACACACCUGCCGUUGAAGCACAGCCAAGUCCCUUGCAGAAUGAACUUUCGUUUCCGGACUUGGAUGUUCCGAACGAUUUCUUCCCGUCGCACGAGCCUCUGACAUACUCCGAAGACUCUACCCAAUCACAACCACCUCCUAUGUCCCUUGCCACAUCGACCACCUCGUCUCCCAACUCGUCAACUCCUAGUGACGCUGGUACGACUCGGCCCAAGCCCGCGCUGUCGCGGGUUGAAAAACGUCAACUGAACACGAUGGCAGCGCGGCGCUAUCGCCAACGACGAGUCGACCAGGUAACUCAGCUGGAGGCCGAGCUCAAGAAAGUCAAGGAGGAGCGGGAUGCGUUGAAAAUGCGUGUUUCCAAGCUGGAAGGCGAGACGGAUGCUCUCCGAAGCCUUGUCGGGAGGAAGAAAUAG